CCAGAACGUGCCUUGAAGAAGCUUCCUGAUGUAGAAGAGCCCUACAAGAAACACAGUACUUUGGGGCAGCUUGUGAAGCCAAGCUGUCAAAAUGGCAGAAAAUAAGGACAAUAAUGUGAAAAACACAGAUGUGAGACCCAAAAGCAGCCGGAGCAGAAGCGCAGACAGAAAGGAUGGUUACGUCUGGAGCGGAAAGAAGCUCUCCUGGUCUAAAAAGAGUGAGCAUUGCUCUGAUGCUGAAACAGCAAGUGCUGCGGGAAGAUCAGGGACUAACUUGAGGAGCCAGGAGAGGAAGUACAGCUGCUCGUCUAUCGAGCUGGAUCUAGACCGCUCGUGCGGUCACAGGUUUUUAGGGCGGUCUCUGAAACAGAAGCUGCAGGAUGCUGUGGGUCAGUGCUUUCCCAUAAAGAACUGCAGCAGUCGGCACGCCUCAGGACUGCCAUCGAAAAGGAAAAUUCAUAUCAGUGAGUUAAUGCUAGAUAAAUGUCCCUUCCCUCCACGCUCAGAGCUGGCUUUUCGCUGGCACUUGAUCAAAAGACAUACAGCCCCUAUAAGUCCGAAAGCGGAAGACUGGAUAAUUGCUGAUUUAUCCCAGCAUGAGGAAAGGGAGGAUCAGCUGCGAGACGAUGAGAUUGCCAAUGGGGGAGCGGACUCUCCCUCCCGGUCCUGCGACUCUUCCGACGGCGGUUCCUCUAGGGCUGAUUCGAGGUCUGAGUUGGUCACGGGUAAGGGGGUAAGGAGCAGUAAAGAUGAGAGCGAUAUGGACUCCGACGACGAAGUUAUAACGCUCUGCACGAGUUCUAGGAAAAGAAACAAGCCCAAAUGGGAAACGGAUGAUGAGCUGCUACGGAUGGAAACGCCUCCGAAAUACCAUACGCAGAUUGAUUAUGUCCACUGCCUGGUUCCAGACCUCCUCCAGAUCAACAACAAUCCCUGCUACUGGGGAGUCAUGGAUAAAUACGCAGCCGAGGCGCUGCUGGAAGGAAAGCCAGAGGGAACAUUUUUGUUACGAGACUCUGCCCAAGAGGACUAUUUGUUUUCUGUGAGCUUCAGGCGCUACAGUCGUUCCCUCCACGCGCGGAUAGAGCAGUGGAAUCACAACUUCAGCUUUGAUGCCCAUGAUCCUUGCGUCUUCCAUUCUCCUGACAUCACGGGACUCCUAGAGCACUACAAAGAUCCAAGUUCCUGUAUGUUCUUCGAACCACUUUUAUCCACUCCACUGAACAGGACUUUUCCUUUCUCCCUUCAGCAUAUAUGUAGAACAGUUAUUUGCAACUGUACGACUUACGACGGUAUUGACGCACUUCCCGUCCCUCCGUCGGUGAAGCUGUAUCUGAAGGAAUAUCACUAUAAGUCAAAAGUGAGAGUACUCAGGAUUGACGUACCAGAGCAGCAAAGCUAGAAACUAUUUUUAUGAAAGAAAGAAAUUGUGUCUAAACAGACAAACAGUAUGUUCAGUCUCUCUUCCUUCUAGGGUUUUUUAUUCAUAGCAAUUUGGUUUUCUUUUUUCUUUUUCUGCAGAUUGUUUACCACCCAGACUAGCCUCUCUCUAAGGCUUUUUUAUCCAAAUGUACUUUGAGUCUUCCCAGCUCUCUUUUUUAGAAAUGAUAUUCAUUGUGGGCUUUUGGUACUGUUCCUGUACUAGAGUUUUUCGGAGUUUCAGGUAGGCUUUCUGGUGUUUCUGUAGAUGGAUAGUCUUUAGAUCUAAAAAUCAGUUUUGAACUUGAUCUUUUAUAUUGUAAUUCCCGUACGUUGCCGACAUGUUUGAAAUAACGCGCCGUUAAC